CUUGAACUGUCGCAUACGGUAUAUUACAGCCUGUCAAUUGUGUAACACAAUUUCCCAGAAAAAGAUAGAAAACAAACACCAAAAAAUACAUCAUCCGACUACAAUGACACGUGAUCUCUUUCUUAGAAAACGUGGGAGAAUUCCCUAUUUGUGAAUGAAUAGUUGUCCGGUCAACUUCGCCAUUUAUUCACAGUCUUCAUAAGUCGCUGCGAAAUUAGGAUCUUGAAAAUGGGGGUGAGUCUACCAAACUUUACUUUUUAAGAACAUUUAAACAGUAUAAGCUUGUAUCCUCAGCCGCGUCCCAGCUAUCUGAGACAGUUUCAUUAGUGACUUCUGUUAAAAUAGCUUACUUUUCUGGUGACUUCUACAUGUUGUCACAGGAGCCGGAAUUUUUAUUGUCUAGCUCUAUGAACGAGUUUUGUUUUCAGCUUCAUGAACUUUUCUUUGUACGGCACGUUACUGCCGGUAGUUAACCCGCGAUAUUAGUACAGCUUGUGGUUUUCAUUUUCAAAAUCAUCGCAAAACCAUUUUGAGUUGAAACGGAACAAAGGACUCGUAGCGAGUGCAAGUACGCAAUCGAAAGGUUUUGAAAAGUCCUUUCCAUUAGAACACUCAGCUCGCUGGAUUCACACUGGAUUGGAUUUAAUCCUGAUAAGUUUCUUUUUCUCUGUGAUUUACAAAGCACUACUUAAAGUUUUCAGACACCAAGUGUUCCAUAUUUUCCGAGAAGUAGGCCUUACACGCGCACGAGGUUAGUUCUUUGUUGUUUUAUAUUUUCUUUCAUUUUCAAAGGUUUAUGCUCAAAAUAAGAAUUUAAAUCGAAAUAUACGCCGAUGAUGAAUUCGAGUAGUUUUUCUUUGCAGAGUAUCUCGAUUCGCUAGUAUUUGAGGGCAGGGAAAUUAGUCACCGGCUAGCUUCCGGCUUUCACUUUCAUAUCUACUUGGCCUUGGGGAGGGUUGAGGACGCGUUUUGCCCAAGAGAAGCGCCUUCCGGCUUCACUUUCACUUUCGAAUGAUAGUGGCAUGGGGGAGGGGGUAGGGGGUGGAAUAAUCCCCUGCAGUUAACUAAUGUAGAAGUAACUGCCAUUCACUUCCAGGCUUGUCUUUCACUUUUGAGCAUGAAAUUAAGAGGAUGAGGGUCAAGGGAUGACUAUUCACCACCUGAUUUUUCUUAAAGGGAAUCAGAUGCAAGGCGGCAAAUGAAAGUUUCGUACCUACAGGCUAACUCACAAGUUUCAGUUUCCUGACUCAUACACGGUAGAAAAAUCCCUGUUUUGCCACCGCGACAGCGCUAAAAAUCUGUAGUAGUUACGAAGUGGUCGUAUUUCUUAAAAGAGCCGUUGUCAGUAAAUUUCGAGAAUUCGGCGCCAGAUCAAAAAAUUCGAAGUCUUUUUUUUCAUUUCACCAAAAAACCCCUCUGGUAUUAAAACUAUUUUCAACUUUAGAUCGGCCUAAACCUGGUCGGAGGCCUAAAGAAAAUUAUGCAAAUUAGGGCAUUUUCAAAACGUUCGUACCACAAAAAAGACAGCUAAUCUAUAGUUCAUCUUUACAAGGGUUGUUGCACAUUUCUUAAAGUUACUUAUUUUAUUUGAAUUUAGACUGCAGCAGCCCUCGACAAGGAAAAUAUUAAGUUUGACUAUAACAAACACUGGAAAGUUAAUUUACUCGUAAUCUCUGGCAGUACGAUACAGAUCCGAAUACUUCGGUUGUUCGGUGACCUGAGAUAUCAGAGAAUCUCAUUGCUCAAAGUCCUCGAAUUAUCAGUAUAGGUCACUUUAAUACUUGUUUUCAUUAAUCCGGUAUAAGUGACAAAGUUCCUUAUGCAAAUAACGUGCAUCUGACCUGAAAAUAUUACCAGUGACUGAAACGUGAAGCAUAUGUUGCGUGACAAAGGAAGUAAAGUACGCAUGUUUUCCACGGUCUGUCGGGCCGACCAUUUCUGAGGUGAGUGAAGGGGUGGUGGGGUAAGGGGCUGGGUGAUUUUGAAAAAUAUAUACAUGUAUACACUGUAUAUCCUGGAAGUGCAUAUAGGGUAAGAAAAGAUUCCUGCAUAAGCGCACUGUCCACAAAAACACCUAACGCACCUACAGUGGGCUGACAAAAAAAACCUGCCCGAGACGCUCCCUGGGUUGACACCAUGAAGCUUAUGAUUUUUCUCAAAAACGGAGCUUCGCUGGAACUUUUGAAUAUUCAUUUGUUUUUUAAAAUAGUUUACCAAAAGGGUUUUUUUGGUUAUAUAGAAAAAAUCGAUUUUUUUGAUCUGGCGCCGGAUUCUCGAUAUUUUCUGACAACGGCUCUUAAGAGGUUUUGAGAAAGGAUGAUAAUCUUUUUUUUUCACGUUUGGUUAAAUCUCCAGUGGUUAUCCAUAGGCGGGGACUUGAUCGAUUAACGUUUCAAGACUCCACGAUAGUAGGAAUAAAGACUGCUCUUGACAGGGGAAUUAGCCUAAGGAUGAUUGCAUUGUUCUAGUUAACACGCGACUAUCAAAGUCAGUGAGAAUGGGUUAUACUGUAACUCAGUCAAGAGCCGACCGGGCAUUGGAUUAAUGAUGAAACCACACACUCACAGCGGCUAACCUGAUUGGUAAUUAACAAUUAUUCCUCGAACCCGAAUGGGCUGUGAGUCAAUAGCUAUUGACUCAGAGGCCAUGAGGGCGAGAGGAAUAAUUGUUUUAGUAAAAUCCAACACUAGUUGGUCAAAAAUAUCACGACAAAACAACUUUACCUAGUUAAAGCUAGACUUUCAUCCUUUUUUUGCCGCCAAAAAGCCGGCGCUUUUUGCUACUAGUGGGCUAUAACAUAUAGCCUAGUAGUAGCUCAACCAAUCAGAACGCAGCAUUGAUAAUAGACCACUAGUUGGAUUUUACAAAAAUGAUUUGCUGUUAGUACACUUAAACUCCUACGAGCGUCUAAAGUGACGCAAAAAAGAGAAUAUUAAGACCUUUUGUUUAAGUUAUAUAAGGGUCGUCGAUCGUCAUACUUAAACACCUCCUUUUUUUAUUCUGUAAAAUGGUUCCACAUUAGAAAAGUGUUACCGCCAUCUUUUUUUCGAGCUGGUUUUCUUUUUUAAAAACCCCUUUCAAACCUGCAAUAGGCAGUCAGACAGCUUGAUGCGGGUUAAAAACUUCCAUUUUCUUUUCUUUUUUUUUUUCUAUUUUAAUUCAGGGUAGUAAUAGCCAUGAAACACAGUAUACUUACGUGGACAAUACAGAGAGUAAAAGAGAAGAAGCAAGGCAGUUGGAACAGAGAAGGCUGGAAAAUGAACGGAGACAAAGGGAGGCUCAAGAAAGGCUGCGUAUACAGGAAGAAGAACGACGAGAAGAAGAGAGAAGGAGGGCGGAGUAUCAGCAACAGCGGCAACGAGAGGUAGAACAAGAAGAAGCUAGGAAGAGAGAAGAGGAAGAAAAGCGCUUGCGUUUGGAGAACGAAUUGUGCCUCCGUCGAGCUGAGCUGUUUGACUACAAAUUUGGUAACAAGAUCAAACUAGAUAGUUUCAAAGGCUUGGCAAUAGAUGAUGUGACACAACUCAGAAUCGGUGUGUUCGGACCCACUGGAUCGGGCAAGAGCUGCUUUAUCAACACGUGUGAACGAGCUGUGAGGCAGACGGAUAAGGGCACAGCUCCUGACAGCACCACAGGGCAAGAAGGGACCAUCACUCUUCAAGAUUAUCUCCCUGAGUUAUUCUUCCACUUGGUUGAUACACGUGGUUUCUUCAACUACAACGCUAACGAAACCGUGGAAUUUAAGAACAUCUUGCAUGGAAAGAUACAACCCGGGGAUAAUGUGGUCCGUCCUAAAGAAGACCAAGAAGAUGUUCCAGCUAUGGACCUUCACCCAAGUGCCCCAUUUGCCAAUCGACUGCAUGGUAUCAUCAUUGUUGCCAAGGCGAAUGACCCGCGACUGAAGGAGGGUGCCUUAAAGGAUUACCUAAAACCAGUCCGAGAUAUUCUGCGUAGAACUGGUAAAGUGUUAUCUAAUGCUGAUAAUCAAUAGGACACCAAUGCGGACAAAAACUGGCAAAGUAGUUUUCCAUACAAAUCCUUGUCAAUUCUGAAAUUUUUAAACUGACGUUUAAUCUUUUCCUUACGCAUUUAAGGGCUCAAAUUGCCUGUUAUGAAGAAUUAAAAGGAGAUCUGAACGCCGUAAUGAUUAAGGAAAUAUUUCAUGACAGUUUUGACAAAUGCAAAAUUUGCAAGGGUUUGUCCCCGGAAAACAACAUGCAAAUGCUUCUAACUUUGAUCGGCGGCCGUCUCAUUUACUAGGAGAUAUAAAGCUGAAAUUCUCAGGUUACCUAAUUUUAAUAUGCUCUUUCAGGUUAUGCUAACAAAAUUUUUCAAAAGUUAACUGUUUUCGUGUUUACCGAAAGCUGAUCACGUGAUCAACUCGUGCCUGAAGGGCCUUUAUAUUAAUUUCGCACAAAUUAAAGAAUUAAGGAAAAGAAUUAUCAGCAAGAGUUAACAAUUUAUCAUGUGAUAUCCUUUUAUUAGAGGUUAUGGUUGUGGCUGUGAAGCCCUCACUUAGAUUGUAAAGACUUUCUUUGUUAGCCAGAAAAGGGGCAUACUGUAGGCGUGUAGCUGUGCAACAAAAGUGCUGUCAUGACAAAAGCAGCUUGUAUAGGUUCAGGAUUUUAUAAACGGCCCUGUUGCUGAUCUCAGCUUACAAAAUGUUAUUUGUUAGUGCAAGGCAUAGGUAUGGUUGGGAGGAUGAUAUUCAGUUUCAAAUUGCGCCUGAGAUCGUUAUAUAUAUUCCUAAGAUGUGUGACCAAGAACAAGAGCACAGGGCUCGGAAGCUUAAGAAAAGGAACUAUUCCAUUUUAAAAAAAAAUCUAUUAGACUAGGGAGACUGAUAGACCCGCAAAAAUCAUAUCAGUAUCGGUUGUGAGAGACCAGUUUUAUUGCUUGAACCCUUGAAGUUCUGCUUUGUCUCCUUUCACAAUCCUUUACCAAUCUAUUCAUUUCUUUUUGCUCCCACGAAAGGAAUCGCACCCAUCACUGUUGUUACGCACCGUGACACACUGACGACAGAAGAGGAAUGUGAAAAUGCCCUUUACGAAGCUUCAGCGGCUACUGGCAGUUCACCCAGUCACACUUUCUUUGUGUCUAACUACUGUAAAGACAACAGCAAACGCAAUCCAGAAACAGAGCGCAUGAUCUUCAAUAUUCUACACUACGCGCUGUUUACGGCUGAGAGGGCAGUGAAGAUCAUGAAACAGAGACGGAGAAACGAAGAGGAUGGGAUGAUGCGCGCGCUUGAAGGAAUUAAUGUCAGCGGACAAGUUGCGCCGGACGCCGCGGACGGUAAUCGAAAAACUUGUAUUUCCUGUACAUAAUAUGUAGGAUAGUGCUGGCCCGCAAAGUAGCAUUAACUAAUUGAGACGGGUCAGGCACAGAUACAUACCAAUUGUUCAACCUAGUGGAGGUGGCUAGUGGUGAGUGAAUAUUUACCGUGCCGUGAAGCGACAAUAAAUUUAGGUUAGACGAAAAGCUUUACCUGUAAAAACUUCCAAACCAAAUUUCGUCGCCUUCCUCGUGUAUUUCGGAAAACACUUCUUCGUUUGUUACAGCAGCAAACCGCGGGAAGCCCUUUUGCUCGUAACCUACGCGAUUUUGACGCCUCUCAAAAGUGAAUAGCACUGUAUAUCCCGAGUUUGAGCAGCCAAUCAGAGCGCGCGAAAACCGCUAUCCACUGUUUUAGUAUGAUACUAAAAAUAAAUAUAUCGUAUUAAAAUAUAUUCAAGAUUCAUAUAUUAAGAUCGAUUCACUGCAACACCUUGAAAUUUCAAGACAAACCUAGCCUACAAACCUGCAAAAAAUCCUCGUUUUUCACGUUAUGCUAAUUUUUCCAAAUUAAUGGGGACCAUACAUACCUCAAUGACUAGUACUUUUCAGUUUGAAUGUUGUCAACGUUUUACAAUAAAAAAUACAAUAGAAUUCAAGGCGAUUGAAAAAUAUCGGUAUGGCUUCCGAAAAAACUGUAUCGAAACACCUUAAAUCUUGAGGUUACAGUAAGUGUGUCAACUUGAUCGAUCCUUUUGAAACCUAAAAGUUGUCGAUAAAUUGACGCUUUGAAUUAUGUUUUGACAAUGAACGAAUAUUAAGAGGAACACAAUUCCACACUUUAGCUCCAUUGCAGGAAAACAACUUAAUCCUCUGCUGUGUUCUCGAAUUUUUAGUGGUGAAGAUUUGCUAAUAGUUUGAGUUUAGUUGUAGUUGUGAUUUGUUUAUUUAUCUUUCUCGAAUCGCAUUUAAUUUUUAUUUCCAGUCCUGGAUGUUUAGUGGGCUUAAUCUUAAAGCCCAAAAUCGAAAAUUUUAUUUGCUCAAACCGCAUUGUAUCGAAAAAGCAACCCCUCUGUAAUAGUUCGGUAAGUCAGUGGAAAUUUCUCAGUAAUUAUUACUGGAUAAAUCCCUAUCAGCGACAGAUUCUAUGUUAAUGAUCUGACCUCCUAUCCUUCUCCUUAUCAUCACAUUAACUUCUUACUUAGGGCAAAAUAAAUGUUUGGUUAGGACUGUAGCGUGUGGGCUGUUUUCUCAGAAUCUUACAAAACCUUGUUUCGGCUUCGAUAGUCUGGUUGGCGCCUUACGUAUUUACUGGACUCUCAAACUCUUUCAUGCGGAGUUUUCUGUCGAGGCCAUUUCAAAUGCUGGUCCAACAUCAGUGGCGGAUCCAGACCUUGAGAUAAGAAAGUGGGAAGCCCGGUCAUCCAGAAGGGAGGAGAGGCGGUCUCCCCCAAAAUUUUUUUUGUCCCUUUGGGCCUUAGUUUGGUCUUUCCCUUCCCUGGAUUCGCCACUGAACAUAAUCCAAUAAUGAUGCUUGAACCCCUUAUUAAGCGUUGUUGGAUGUCGCUUGACAAAGUUGGAUGAGGUGUAAAUGUGAUAAAACGUUUGUGCUCGACUUUUCUGUUGUACAGUAUUAAUAUUAGAACGAUGUGUUUCAGUCAGGCCUGUUUCAAACGUCGUGCUACUGCCGACUGUAGCUCGACUGCAGCACCCGGACACUACCACGACUUGGUUUCAGACGUCGAAUUGCGAAAACAAAACUCAAAAAUAAAGGAACAGUUUAGCAAACUUUUAAAUGUAUUGUUAGGUAAUGUAUUUAUAAUUUAUGAACUGAGCUCGGCACGGCAGUAGCGCGACGUUUGAAACCAAGUACACGGCAGUAGCACGACUUGGUUUCAAACGUCGCGCUACUGCCGCUAAAGUCGAAUUUAAUACGAUCAAUUUAGUUCGGCACAGCAGUAGCACGACGUUUGAAACGGGACUCAGUGUCACAGGCGGCUCCUAAGAAGAAUUCCGAGUAGUCACAACAAGAGUCGAACCUUUGCCCUCUGGUUACGUUUACUAGUCCAGAUGCUCUACCACUGAGCUGCAGGGGACUCGUAAGAGCUAAAGCCUGGUUUUCACUAGCGCAUAAGCAUAAGGAUAAGCAUAUGUGUAAGCAAGUGAAAACUGGGUCGACAUAAGCAUAAGCAUAAGCACAAGAAAAACGGACAACUUCGUUGUUUGUGCUUGAGCUUAUGCUUAUGUCGUAGCUCUGACAAGUGAAAACUGGGUCGACAUAAGCACAUGCAUAAGCACAAGGCCGUGGGCCAAUCAUAGGUGACUUUGACCCAGACCUCAUGCGAACAUAUGAAAAGCAAUCUGGUAGACGCUUCGUCCGCCAUCUUGUUUAUCAUUGGGUUGAGAAGAGCUGCUAUCGAGAAUUAAGUCAAUUUAAUUAUUAAUUAAUUCGACUUAAAUUAAGUUGCGUGCGUAUGUUCUUAUGCUUAGGGUUAUGCGCUAUUGAAAACCAGGCUUAAGGUCACUAAAGCCUCGGCCAAACGUCGAACUUUUCAUGAGACGAACCAAAGUCUAAUUUGGGUCGACUUAAAUUAAGUUAAGACCAUCUGUUGGGUCAGACAUCGAACUUAGGACGCGUCAAAGCAAUCAACUGAGUCAGACCAAAAAGCGGUUAGUAAAUUUUCUCCCGAACGAGGCUAAGUGUACAUUAUCAUACAAACUUUCAAUUUAUUAGUUUAGUUUGUCGCAUAUGAAGAUCGACGUUUGUCGCGGAGACGAUCUUCAGACGUUCUAUCCGUCAAACUCAUUCACUGACGAACUUUCGAGAACUUAACUGAGCCAGACGUCGAACUUUCACUAAGCUUGUGUAAGGAAGAUUGAAAAUCCUGCACAACGUAGUUACUUAAUAUUAGUGUGAAAAUUAUAAAAUCGACGCUGUUAUUUUAAGAGUCUUUUUUUCACAGAGAUUGGUUCGUCUCUUGACAGUUCGAGGUUUGGUCUAUGCCAUAACUAGGUGUAUCACUGUGUCACUGAAUGGAAAACAUGUUCUCCAGUAUUCACAUCAGGCUUAAAUAAAAAAAAAAAACAUAUUUCUAUCAGCCAGUUUUGUUGAACCAUUAGAGCGGUUCAACAAUGUAGCUGAUACAGUAUGAACUCAGAAUUAAGCUAAAUAUCUUUUCUGCUUUCUUUCUAUAACAGCUUCUGUUCAGAUGUUCCUUCGUUUUCUGCAAAAUGAGUACCAGUGGGGUUCCAACAGCGUGAAGGCAGUGUUAAACGAGCUGUCUAAGGCUGACGUCACAAGCGUCAGUCUGCUGGCCAUGUGUUGGAGUGAUGUGCAGGCUCAUUUUCCUUUUGGAAUGAGGAGAAUGGUGGAGAAAGAACUAAAGAACAGAAACAUGAUCCCUUAGGAAGGCCAAGUUUUCAAGGCAUGGGAAACAAAACUAGUUUCUUGCAAUUAUAAGGCCGUCUUUUUAAACUUUAUUCAGAUUUUUAAGGGAGUGUGUCUCCGCAGUUUAGCCAACUUGUUUAAUUUUUGCCAAUUACUCUCUCUAAUGAAACUUAAAGAGUAGAAAUAAGUUCUUAAAAUAACAAAAUCACAGCUUCAUGUUAGAAUUAAAUAUAUCGAAUGUGGGCUAUUGUUUGCAACUGUGCGUUUUUCCCGCGCUUGACAACCUUGACAUGAAUUUACCUGAUGUCGAAAUGCGAUUGGUUCCUUCAAGUUUCAGCUGGCGUUGUGGUUGGUUAGAGUAUGAACUUAGGGUGCUUUCAAUUGGUCGUAUUCCGGAAUGAGAAUAGUCAAAAAGUUUGCUACAAAUCUCUUCAGGCGUAAUUUUUGAACCCGUAAACGUUACUGACAUAUAAAUAUCUUAUUUCAAGCAGAUAUUUAGAUACUGCAUUUAAUGCAAUGAAUGCAGUGAUUUCUAGUUAAGAGUUCAUUUCAUUCAGUAUUCUGAUUCCGGAUUACGGUCCUAAAGUUUGCUUUUACGAUGUUCAGUGGACGCCCACACUCUAUAUACAAAACAAAAGAAAUAAACGCAGGAACUGGAUGCAGGAUGCCUAUGAUAAGACUCUCCUAAACACAUCACUGUUUAGUUACAAUAAACAGGUCUUGAUUAGAGAAAAAGAACUUUAUGUCAGUGCCUUAAGAAAUGUCUGGAAAACAAACGCUUGCUGAUGUUAGGGUAAGAAGCGACGGCUUUGCUUACUUUGUCAAAUAGGAACCUUAUCCAGGUUCAGAAAAAGAAAGAAAUUUCGUCGUUGCUUGUUUACUUCCUCCAUAAAACAUGAUGUUAGGCAAUUUUCAUGUCGUAGUUGUUGUUUUGUUUAUUAAAGCUAUUGCGGUUUUUUUUACGUUCUCGUUGUUGUUGCCGUCGUCGGAUCGUAAGGUCCCUAAAGAGCGAGAACAACACUGAAAAUUAAAAAGAUCUGUUUCAGCCCCAAAGUGUCAAUUCAGCCCUGCAGGCCAAAGUCUGAUUCAGCCCUUCCUGAAGCCAUUUGAGCACAAUUUAGGGCAAAAAAAAACUCAAUUAAAAGGCUAUUCCAGCCCACUGUAGGGCCCAUUUCAGCCCUGGGACCAAAUCAGCCCUAGCUAAUUGGACUGUAUUGGCCCUGAUUUAAGGGAGCCAAAUUAUAUUCUGGUACCUAACAUACCUAUAGUUUAGAAUGUUGCAUCCCUUUUUACUGCUGUAAAUGCACUCGUACCCUGCUCCCAGAGGUUUUUCUUGAAAUUUUUCUUCGCGAAAGAGAGAGCGAGCUGCGAAGCGGUGAGGAGGUAAAAUUUCGCGAAGAAAAAGUUCAAGAAAAACCUCUGUGACCAAGGUAAUGCACUGGUGGGUCAACGUGAUGCUAGUUAAUGAACUUUCAUUAUCAAUUUACUUACUACUUUACUACUUUACUUUAAUGUGAGAGGAAUAAAAUAAUCAAUUUACUUUGACA